GAGAACACCGGUCAGUCAGUAGGAGUGACGAGUGAUGACAUCGAUUCAUAAAAAGUGACGACUAAAAUGGCAGCAACAUUGUAAAGUAAAAAGUGUUACCUUUAAUCUAUCAAAAUUUUAAUUAAGAACAUAUUUUUAUUACUUUAAGCUUUUCAGACCUCGCGUGGACUUCUGCAUUGACGCUUCUUUUUCUGACUAAAAUCACCUCAAGUUCAGUUUACAUCAAAUCCCUUGAAAGACAGCACCAGUUGUGGAGGAAUUUAGAAACUGCGAUGACACUGUUCUGCCAGUAGGGGGAGCAGUAAAGCCUCAUUUGGAGUAUGGGUCCUUGAGAAACGCUCUUAUCUGAACCACACGAUGCCGAGCACAGCUCCCUCCUCCGCCAUCCCUCCUGGCUCUCAGUGUGCCUCGCCACCCCCCGUGGCCCCCUGCCCCUCCCCACCAUGCCCAGGUCCAGUGGAGGGAGGGGUGAUCCUGCGCUCCCCGGCCACACGGCACCUGCCCCACCUGGACCCCUGGAGGAGACACAGCUGGGAGCCCGGGGCAGUGGUGGUGAUGCAGCAGAAGGUCGACCCGCAGAACGAUAUCCGCAGUGUGAGUCUGGAGAACCUGGAGCCUGGGGAGAUGGAGAAGGUUCUGGGGUCCGUCCUGGGGACCCGGCGAGUGCGGGACCCCCGUCGGACCCCCAUCACCCAGGAAGGCUCCCUGUCCUCGCUCACAGAGGAAGAGGUGGGCUUUGACCCACAGCACUACUCUCUACUGGAGGAGCAGGCGAACAAGCUGCAGGGCUGCAGUGCCUCAGCGCCCAGCCUCAGUGUGGAGCGUCGCUCCACCCGCAAUAGUUCUGUCCCCCGGCCACGCUCCAACUGCUAUGAGACUUUACCACACUACCAACUCGGAGGAUCCAGGCAGAGUGUGGGUAGUGACCUGGGGCUCCUGCACUGGGAGAAGGGGGGAAGCUGGACGGAGCUCGAGAGAGAGGAGGACAAGGAGGAGAGGACUGGCAGCCCUCUGGAACGGACGCUCAGUUUCUUACGCAAGAUGGCGGGCAAUCGCAAGAACAAGGAGAAGGAGCGCAUGAGGGAGCGAGAGAAAGAGGCUCGGGAGAGGGAGGCUCGCUACAGCAACGGCCACCUCUUCACCUCCCUCACCAUCUCUGGUACCACCCUCUGCUCAGCCUGCAACAAGAGCAUCACAGCCAAGGAGGCCCUGAGCUGUCCCACCUGCAACGUUACCAUCCAUAACCGCUGUAGAGACACAUUGCCUAACUGUGCCAAGAUGAAACAGAGGCAACAAAAGAUGGCUCUCAUGAGGAACAACUCCUCCAAUGUUACUCUUCGUACCAAAACCCCCCUGAUGAGGGAGCGGCCCAGCUCAGCCAUCUACCACUCAGACAGCCUCCGCCAGUCCCUGCUCGGCUCCCGUCGUGGACGCUCAGGCCUCUCCCUCUCCAAGAGCGUCUCCACCAAUAAUAUUGCAGGGAGCCUGAAUGAUGACUCUCCCCUGGGCCUGCGUAGGAUCCUGUCCCAGUCCACAGACUCCCUGAACUUCAAGAACAGAGCCAUGUCCAUGGAGUCUCUCAACGACGAGGGAGAAGUCUACUACGCCUCGAUGCUGGAGGAGAUGGAGAUAGAGGGGCGGGACUUUGAGGCAGACUCUUGGAGCAUGGCGGUGGACUCCGCCUACCUCCAGACGCAUCGCAAAGACGUCAUCAAGAGGCAGGACGUCAUCUACGAGCUGAUCCAGACGGAGCUGCACCACGUGCGGACGCUCCGCAUCAUGGAGCGAGUGUUCCGCCAGGGCAUGCUGGAAGAGGUGCAGCUGGAGCCGGGCGUGGUGCACGCCAUCUUCCCCUGCCUGGACCGCCUGAUGGCACUGCACGGCCGCUUCCUGGCGCAGCUUCUGACCCGGCGCAACCACAGCCUGGAGCCGGGCUCCUCGUACAACUUCACCAUGCACCAGCUGGGCGACGUGCUGCUGGAGCAGUUCUCAGGCCAGUAUGCUGAUGAGAUGAGGAAGACUUAUGCCGAGUUCUGCAGUCGACACCUGAAGGCUGUUAAACUGUACAAGGAGCUGCUGGCCAGAGACAAGAGGUUCCAGUACUUCAUACGGCGGGUGAGUAGAGGUCAGCUGCUGCGUCGCCAUGGUAUCCAGGAGUGCAUCCUGUUGGUCACCCAGCGCAUCACCAAGUACCCGGUCCUAUUCCAACGUAUCCUCGACAACACCAAAGACAACGAAGAGGAGGCUCAGUCGUUUGUCCAGACUCUGGUUGUGGUCAAAGAACUGCUCAGCUCGAUCGACCAACAGGUUCUGGAGCUGGAGCGGACCCAGAGGCUGCAGGAGAUCCAGGCUCGGUUAGACCCACGAGCCGAAGCCAAGGUUAGAGACGGGCAGCUGUUCCGAGGAGGCGAACUGCUCAGGAGAAGGCUCAUCCACGAGGGCACGCUGCUCUGGAAAAACCCUGGCUCCAGGCUCAAAGAUGUGCAGGUCCUUCUGAUGACAGACAUCCUCGUUUUCCUGCAGGAGAAAGACCAGCGAUACAUUUUUCCUUCCCUGGAUAAGCCUCCAGUCUUGUCUCUGCAGAACCUAAUACUGAGGGACAUAGCCAAUCAGGAGCGAGGUCUUUUCCUCAUCAGCGACUCCUCCCCUCCAGAGAUGUACGAGGUCCACGCAGCUUCGAAAGAGGACAAAAACACCUGGAUACGCGUCAUACAGCAGACAGUCAGGAGUUGUCCAUCUCGAGAGGAGUUUCCUCUCAUAGAGACUGAGGAUAAGGCCCUUCUGAGAAGACUGAAAGCUGACAUCCAGCAGAAGGACCGAGAGGUGUUGGAACUUCUCCAGGAGAGGGUCACACUUUUCUCUGACCUGGCUGAGGUCACGGGGGGUCAAGAGGUCACACUGCCCCCCAACUCCCGCAACCUGUUCCGGGCCGACACGCCCCAAGCCCCCCGGGGGGAGAAACUCCUCAUGGACGCCGUCGCAGAGGUGGACAGGCUGAGUGAGAUCCUGCUGGGCUUUGAGAUCCCUCUCCCCUGCAGUUUCACCAGACAGCAGAACCACACUGGGGCGCUAGUGAUCAAUGGUCAGGAGAUGGUCAUCAAUGGAACAAACGAGGCCCCAGCACCACAGGACCGCAAUGGGAAUCAAACAGGAGAAAAGCCGCCCAAUGAGGAAGUAUGUCAGAGGCUGGUUAAUCUGAGUGCCCAUCUUCACGCUCUCCAGGCUGCUGUGAUAAAGCAGGACUCCAUCCUGGAGCUCUGCCUGCGGCCCGAGGGGGCGGUCCCCAUGGGCCGGGUGUGGCGCUCCCUGUCACGUGACGCAGGCAUGGCCGAGGCCAGCACGGGGGCAGCCAUCGGGGAGCUGACCCUGCUGCAGAGACAGCACAGUCUGCUCCAGGAGGAGCUGGGCAGGCUGAGAGGGGCCGAGGGCCGGCUGAAGGACAGCGAGAAGGCCCGCGUCCAGCUGGAGAGGCAGGUCCGCGACAUGAAGGCCAGCAGCACCACCAUCACAUCUGUGGAAGGUCCCGGAAGCUCAGAGAAGACACCCGCUUCACGUAGAGGGAGUGAGACAGCCCCCAGCGGCGACGCUGCAUUGGCUGGCCAGGAAUCCGUCGACCAGUCAGACGGCCUGCAGGACUGCAGCGAUGUGGAAGUGGACGUGACGUCAGACGAGGAGGAUGAAAAAGUGUCACCUCGCUCCGAGAGCCCCCGAGAUCUCCAGGACAUUCCAGAAGAGAGCGAAGCAGGACCAGACCCACGAGAGUCUAACGUGUCACACUGCUAAUGACUGCUGUUCCAAACAUGGCCUUCAAAAUAUUUGGACCCAUUGUCACCGAAGCCCGACUUCCCACAAUGGGCCGAAGAAAAUUAGUUGUGAAAUAGUCUUCCUCUUUUAACUAAAUAAGGAAGUAACAUAUUCUAUAUAGUUUUUUUUCCAUGGCUUAGCUUUAUAGAGUACACAACCCGUGGCAAUAUGUAUGACAUUAUUUUGUGUUUUCGCGUUUUGGAUGAUCUGGAUUUAUGUGGCUUCAUUUUGGAAUCGUCAGUGGACUAAUGAGGACCUACCAAAGUGGUGUUUCAAACAGAAGGGGGAGGAGUCAAGCAAAGAUGGUUUUCCAAAGAAGGAUAUGCAAGAAAUGGACUACAGAUUUAAUAGCCCUGUCUGGAUGUUCAAUCCUGAUUGGCUUGGGCAAGACUUGCUGUAUUAUGGGCAUUUUGUUUUUGUGUUUGGUUGCCUGUUAAAUAUUUCCAUAAUAUGAUGUAUGAAAGUCACUGGUUAAAGGGACCCAAUACAUACACACAUGGAUUCACAGACACUGUAAUGGAUACAUGUCUUUCACCACUUGAAUCCUUUACAUUUUAGUAAUUAUGAUUGUCAACACUGUUUAUGAUGCUUAUGCUUUCUACUUAUUUAUUCCUCUAUUUAAGCAAGUAAUCCAAUUGUAACAUCUUAUCAAGAAAGGCUGAAUAGGACGAUAAAUAAGAAAAACUGUAGGUGCACUAAUGAAAUUGGAUCUCUUGUUUACAAUAAGUUUCACUUAUGUUAAAAUAAUUAUAUUCAUUUGUUGCAUUUUCUGUCAUGAGAAUUCUUGCAAGAGUCUUGUGUGGCUUGCAGUAAUCUUAGGAGUUCUUUCAAAUGGAAUGUUAUCCAAUUGGUAAGUCUUACACUUAAAUAAAGUUGUACUGUAUUUUCUGCUUGUGGACUAAAAUGGACAACAAAGACAGUGUAUUGAGGUGAAUGUUCCGGAAUGUAGACCUCGUCGACUUCCUUCGCACUUUGUGAUCCCCAUAAGGAAUACAGAACUCAAGGUCAACACACUUUGAAAAAAGCCUUCAUUCUUCUUAGUAAAGCCACUUUUGGGAUGUUCACACAACGGACAACCAGACAACCCUCAUACCUGACUGUAUUGUUCCUUUCCGGCAGGAAUUAGGCCUACUUAUUUCUGUAUCAUUGUGAUUUCUGUUGUCUGUAACUCUGACAGUGCCAUAUUUUACUUUAUUGUUUAUAAAUCUGGAUGAAAAGUGCAAAA